AUGCAGGACGCUAUCACUAUGAAGUCACUAUCCCACAGUCUCCUCUGUUUUCCUCCUCUGCUAACGAAGAGACCCCAAAAAUAUCAAUCCAUCUCCACCAGCCCUGCCGGAAAGUUCUGUGUUUUUCGGGCGGAGAUGCCAGCUAUGACGUCUGUAGCAACACCCACGAGCUUUGGGUUCGUGAAUUUGAUGGAGACAUUCACUGUGGAUGUGCAGAGAGCGGAGAACAGGCCAUUGAACGUGCCUUUGGUCGCCCCUUUUACGAUCGCUUCUUCGAGAUUAGACAAGGUGGAGAACGUGGCAAUUAGAGUUGAAUUGAGGAAUGGUUCUGUCGGGUGGGGAGAGGCACCAAUCUUGCCUUUUGUCACUGCAGAGGAUCAACCUACUGCCAUGGCCAAUGCCGCUGAGGCAUGUGACUUCUUGCGGCAAGCUCCUGCGCUGACAUUGGGCUCCUUGUUGAAGGAGAUUGGGGCUAUUCUUCCAGGCCACGAGUUCGCUUCGGUGGGUGACAUUGAACUCUGGUUUCGUUCUAUUUAUUGA